AUGCGGACAUCAGAUUCUGUGCAUGGACUGAGUCCUAACACAAGCCUCAAGGGCUCGGCCUUAACAGGGAGAAUCGCCUUACUCAUCCCUCUUCGCAUUCCGCGUGCUACGGUCAAGAGACGCGAACUCAACUACGUGAAUACGAGUCAAGAGAAGUCAGAGAAGAAGGCUGCAUGA